CAUCAUAAAGCAGCAGGAUUCGUGUCUCCUCAAGCAACCUCUGAUCACUGCAGAACAAGACUAGUUAGAAAGAGGGAAUGUUUUCCGAGCAGCGCAAAUAGUCUGACAACACAGACGCAUCGUCUUCCUCCACACUGAACAGAACAGCUGUUGCUUGCGCGACGUGCACGCCAAAACAACACACGCAAAUCUCCCACAUGCCUAGAAAACGCAGUGUUUAUCAUUUGACGUGGACUCAGUUCCCCCUUCCGACAACUGCGUGGUUCAUUCCAGCGGCUCUGUAUCCUCAGUGCGAGGUGUGUUUCUGCUGUCAUCAACACUGAGCCAAGCGGUUCAAUCACUCCGCUAACACACCAGCAAAGUGAAUUUGGAAGGAGAGGUUAAGACCGAGCUGAGAUCUUCUCGUGCAGGACCGUUUUAAGCCGAACUGUUAAUGAGCUGCAAAUGUCAUCCCUCUGCAGCCUCAGGGGAACUCUACUUGUGUAACACAGGAGCUACAACUGAAUGAAGAGCUAGACACAAAGAGAUUGUCUGCAGUAAUCAUGAGAAUGCAUCUACUGUCUGCAGAAACUGUCUCUGAAUCAUCUUGGCCCUUGGCUACGAGGCCGUGAGCUGCUACCAUGACGCAUCCCAACACCAGCAUACUGACCGCCAACUUCAGCGGAGCUUUGGACAGUCAUGACUCCGGGGGAAACAUCUACCGGCCUUUUUCUGUUUUCAGUGUGCUCACUCUUACAUUACUGGCAAUGCUGGUGGUGGCCACGUUCGUCUGGAACUUGCUGGUGCUGGUGACCAUCCUGAGGGUUAGGACAUUCCACCGGGUGCCCCACAACCUUGUGGCUUCCAUGGCCAUCUCCGACGUCAUGGUGGCCGCCCUGGUCAUGCCACUCAGCCUCAUCCAUGAGCUCAACGGCAGGCUGUGGAAACUGGGCCGUGUGCUGUGCCAGGUGUGGAUCUCCUUUGAUGUGCUCUGCUGCACGGCCAGCAUCUGGAACGUGACAGCCAUCGCGCUGGACCGCUACUGGUCCAUUACCAGGCACCUGGAGUACACGCUCAAGACGCGUAAAAAGAUCUCCAAUGUGAUGAUCGCACUCACGUGGCUGCUGUCCUCCAUCAUUUCCCUGUCGCCUCUUUUCGGCUGGGGGGAGACCUACACAGAGGGGAUGAAGUGCCAGGUGAGCCAGGAGCCAUCCUACACCAUCUUCUCCACCUUCGGAGCGUUUUACCUGCCGCUCUGUGUGGUGCUGUUUGUUUAUUGGAAGAUCUACAAGGCUGCCAAGUUUCGGAUUGGCUCCCGCAAGACUAACACGAUAACACCCAUGGCUGAGGUAAAGGAUGAAGGACAUCAGCCGCAGAUGGUGUUUACUGUGCGCCACGCCACUGUGACCUUCCAGACAGAUGGGGACACAUGGCGCGAGCAGAAGGAGAAAAAGGCGGCGCUGAUGGUAGGCAUUUUGAUCGGCGUGUUUGUACUUUGCUGGAUCCCCUUCUUUAUCACCGAGCUCAUCGUCCCACUGUGCUCCUGUGACAUCCCUCCCAUCUGGAAGAGCAUCUUCUUGUGGCUGGGUUACUCCAACUCCUUCUUUAACCCGCUCAUAUACACCGCCUUUAAUAAGAACUACAACAAUGCCCUAAGGAACCUCUUCUCCCGGCAGCGCUGAGCCGCUGCACAGUCGGCAGAUCACCAGCAAGCACUCCACAGUGUUACUCUUCCAGACAGAGGAGGACUAACCUGUAUUUGUCACUCAAUCAUCCUUCAGAUGGAUGAUAACCAGAGACUAUGUCUGUAAAACUGUCUGUGUUGUUUUUAUUUAUGUUUUGUUUAUUACCACUGAGGUAACCUCACAGCUGGACUGAGACGGGUGUCUGAGCUACUGAAUCUACAAAGAAAGAAUAAAUUGGUUGUGUUGUGGCAGUAGUGAAUACAGUGUUGUCUACAUGUCUGUGCCCUUAUGCUGUUUCAGGCUUAUUAGGGAGGAAGCCUUGUUAACUCCCACAUAAACAGUUUCAUCAUCAUAUGUGAAGCUGCUGGGAAUCAUUUCAAAGUAAAGCUGGAAGAAAUAUUAAAGAACAAACUUUUAGAACGGCACAAAAAAGAACCUCGUAAAUAAUAAACCAGGAACAAACUGUGGAUUAUUUUCUAAACUAAACAACAACAUGCUCAUGUUCGUAGAAAAUGGGUUUGAUUUAUAGAAAAGAAGGAUUAUCUCACUUGAAACCCCUCCACCUUAUACCUAGGAACACAUUAACUCUCUGGCUUCACAUGCAAUGUAUUCAUGCACACUUCUCGGUGUGUAGGUACAAUCUUUCUUCUGAUGCUGGCUUCAUAUGCACAUCAAUUCUCUUUGCACAUACUCCUACACACUCCCAUGUCUUUUAUAAAGCAGGGAAAUAGCAUAACAAGUUAUUAUUGCCAUUAUCUUUGAAUAGAUGCAUUAUUAAGAAACUGCAGCCACAAAUGAUCACGUCUCACUGCAGACAAAUAAAGUUUAAAGAAGCUAAAGUGCUGAGAGGAUGCAUGUUUUUAAGUAUGACAUAUAAUAGUAGGGGAAUAAGAAAAGCUAAUGUUACCCCAUACAACUGUUCGUAAUGAGCUCAGCACACAAAACGUGUGCUUCAGUUGGUGUAAUGUUGUUUUUGUAUGACUCCCCUGUUUCCUGCACAAAUUGCCACAUUCUACUAAAACUGUUCGACAUUGUAGAAACAGUAAGCAAACCUUUAUUUUGGUGUGUAAUAUACUGUAAUGUGAGGAAUCAAGCAUGAGAAAUUGAACCUCAGCAAAUAGUUGUGCUGUUAUGUACGUGAGCUCCAUUUAACGUCACCGUCCAGUGAAAACCAUGUAUCUCCAGAUUUGGUCAUUUCGAAUUAUUUAGAUAUACUGAAGGAUUAAAUGUUAAAUUUGGUUCUAGAAAAUUCUCUUAAUGAACUAAUCUAAGAGUCUAGGCUACAUGCUUACUUUAGCAUGCUAACGUGCUGAUGUUAAGUAGGUUUAAUGUUUACCAUCUUCCCCAUGUUAGUUUAGCAUGUUAGCAUGCUAACGUUUGCUAAGUAGCACUAAACACAGAGUCAUAAAGAACAAAUGAAAACUUUGGGUUGGUGAUGGCGCUAGAUGAAAAGUAAGGGGAAUCACCAAAGUUACUGCAUCACCCUGAGGGAGACAUGAAUGUAUGUGCUAAUUCAAUGGCAAUUCCUUUUGAGAUAUUUUCCUGAAAAACACAAAUGGUGCUAUAGGUCAAGUCUGUAGGAUCCAUCCACUGGGCUCCAUAGAUAUUAUAGCACAUUUCAUGUCUAAAUAAUAGUUUUUGAGAUGAUUCAGUUUGAUGAAAGUGGUAGAUCAACUGACAAAAACAACAUUGUAUUACAUGAAAACAUGCAUUGUGGAAAAUUGGUGUGUUAGCUCAUGCAACGUUUUAGAGAUACGUAGUUUUUACAUGACUAAAAUAUUAUAAAAGAACACAAUAAAAUAUCCUUUUUUUACACCAUGUUUUGUACUCUAGACAACGAUCUGUAAGACAAGACUGUCCCUGGUCUCUCAAACUGACCUCAACCUUAAUUUAUACUUUACUUUUACUGUAUAAUACAAACUUACAGACCUCAAAUAUAUAAGAAAAAGCCUCAAUAGUAAAAAAAAAAAAAAAAAGAAGAAUAAAAAAAACUAACAGAGUAAUAUAUGACGAUGGAGAAACAAUGAAAUAUAUGUGAAAAGAAAAUUAGCCCACUUGGUUCAAGUGAAAACAAUAUUCUGUGGUAAAUAAUUAAAUGCAUGGAAUAUAGACAGAAACAGGAAUCCUUAUUAUAUAUGGUAAAAUAAAUGACUACUGGUGAAAUGGAUUUGUUAUCUCUUAGCACUUCUUUCAUGUAUUAAUCGCAUGACUUGCUGGUUGACUUGAUCCAAUGGUGUUCUGCAGGAUUCAUUUAUUCAAAUGACUUCUCACUGCUCUGCAGAUGUCCCGAGGAUGAUUGAUUAUUUACCCUUUGCCCCUCUUAGGUCUUGUUCUGUGUGGUGUCCCAGCUCAGGAAAUACAAAGUGUUGCAGAAAUGUGUUGUUUACCGUUCAUCUCUGUUUCCACUUUUCACAUUAAAAAGAGGUAAAAAAAAAAAGAAAAGAAAAGAUAAAAGUUGACUAUUACCUCCUUCACAAGCACUUUUUGAAAAUCUAUACUUGUAUUCAUACCUAAAA